CAAGUGACCAGUGAAACUUCCAGGCUCCGCGGUUCUCCUCCCAUCAGUAAUCCCCCUCCACGGUGACGUCACUGAGGCUGUCUCCAAAGGGGACGCAGCGUCGAGUGUUGGAGCAGCCAGGCGGCCAGUACGCAUCCCAGGACGCAGCAUCAGUGUAUCCGGGGCUAAAAACUUUAUCUUCUCUUCGCUAAGAUUCGGACCGCGUUGGAAACGUAUUCAGGAAGAAAUGGGUUGCUUUGAGUGCUGCAUUAAAUGUUUAGGCGGGGUGCCGUACGCGUCGCUGGUGGCGACGAUCCUCUGCUUUUCCGGAGUUGCCUUGUUCUGUGGAUGCGGCCAUGUGGCUCUCACUGGCACUGUGACCAUCCUGGAAGCCCACUUCUCCAAGGUCACCAGUGACCACGCCAUGCUGACUGAAAUAAUACAGCUGAUGCAGUAUGUCAUCUAUGGCAUUGCCUCAUUUUUCUUCCUGUAUGGGAUCAUCCUGCUGGCCGAGGGCUUCUACACGACCAGUGCAGUGAAGGAGCUGCACAGUGAGUUCAAGACGACCAUCUGCGGACGCUGCAUCAGUGGAAUGUUUGUGUUCCUCACAUAUGUUCUUGGCGUGGCCUGGCUCGGUGUGUUCGGCUUCUCCGCCGUGCCAGUCUUCCUCUUCUACAACAUGUGGUCCACCUGCGCUGCCAUGAAGUUUCCCAUGACCAACCUCACCAACAUCGACUCCAUCUGCGUGGAUGUUCGUCAGUACGGAAUUAUUCCAUGGAAUGCCACACCAGGCAAGGCCUGUGGGUCGACACUAGGCGACAUCUGCAACACCAGUGAGUUCUACUUGUCCUAUCAUCUGUACAUUGUAGCGUGCGCUGGGGCGGGAGCCACUGUGAUCGCUCUGAUCCACUUCCUCAUGAUUCUCUCAGCAAACUGGGCCUACCUUAAGGAUGCCAGUCACAUGCACACCUACCAAGACAUCAAAAUGAAGGAAGAGCGGGAGCUGCAGGACAUCACCUCACGCUCAAAGGAAUGCCUCCAUUCCUACACAUAAGGAUAUUACACACUCACAGUCCACACACACGCAAAGACACACAGACACUGCAGCCAAUCACUGUGGCCCCUUUGGACCAAGACAACGCUCGGCUAAAAUAACCUGCCAACUGCCCCUAACACUAUGCAGUACUAACCAUACGCCUAACAAACUAACGCAUCAGUGUUGCUUUCUGCACUAAACUAAACCAAGAAUUGUUUUUACAAAAACUGCUAUGUGCUUCAUUCAUGUUGAUUCUUUUUUCCUAGAUGAAAAACUUCAUAUUGGUGUUGUCUGUCAUUUUCUCUAGCCCCCCCCAUUUUUAUUUUAAUCACCGGCAUUUGCUGGUGAAGCUUGAAACAUUGCACUAUUCUUUACAACACAUAACGAGUCUGUUACACAGUCUUGCUCUGUCUUUUCUCUGAGCUGGUGGGGCCAGUCUUCAACAAGGGAAUGUAUGUUUGUUUGUUUUGUUUUCCCGACCAAAAUGCAGAGGAUUUACACACAUCCAGCCUGAGUGCGUCACACGGUACUGACUACAGUUCAAAAGGUGUUCUACGUGAUAAAAAAUACGCACCGCAGACUACGUUUAAGUGGCGAUUGUUUGUAUUCUCUACUGCCAGGAUGCGUCAAACUUAAGUACUUCACUGCAUCUCUAUCUCAAUAAUUGAGAUAAUUUAAUUCUUGGUGAUACUAGAUUAUAGUUUCCGUUUUACAGCCUCUUAAAAGUCCCACAAGACUUUCAUGGCCUACAUUAACACUACCUCAGGUGUGCACUAGAGCCUCUGGAUCACUUUUUUUUUGUAAAACUAUGGUUUGAAAAUCUCACUUUAAUUGCAAAAGGAAGCCCUAAACGGAGUAUUAUUCAGGUACCUGCAAAGUAAACCAAGCACAUGUACACACAGGCUCCUAUUCAGCACAGCAUUAUAGUAUUUCAUUUCAUGAGUAAAAAACAAGUUUGCUAAGUGAACCGCUGCCAAUAAAGUGGCGGAAUGAUAUUUAAUGUAUUUUUUCCAGUUUGGACAAAUGAAAAAGAUCAACGCUUGCCAAUGAAGACGUAUUACAAUACCAACAUUGACCUGAUUUUGACGCAACAAAUGAUCUCAAUAGACUCGAGUUAUGAAAUGUAAAUUGCAAGACGGGAUUUUUGUCUUUUAUUACUAAAGACAAAAAAAACACCUUUUCCUUAAUUUCUAUAAAUGCAUCUCUGUUGAUGUGCAAGUGUGGUAACGCUGACAACCUUGUGUAAUCGUGUGUGGGUUGAGUUACAGGGAUAACUUCUUUGUUGCAUGGACGCCGACGUUUCUGCAGCAACCCAAGAUGUACAGACAUGUAUACUGAUAUCAGUUGUAGGCAGUGUUUGCCUGUUUCCUUAUUUCUUUAUAAUGAUUACAAAUUAAUCCAUUUUAUGUAGCUUUUUUUUUAGUUGUAGAUGUUUUUAGCUUCUUUUAAUCAAGUGUACAAGUCCUAUAUAUUGUUUUGUUGCCUAAUAGUAUGUCAGUAUUUUCUGUGAAUGUCAAGGGCUUCCACAAGAAUUACUAAAACUUAGCAUUAAAUCCAACUUGGAAAGAUUAUCCAGGUUUAUACAAAUGUAUGUCAAUCUGCAAAAUGGUAAAUUUAACUGCCAUCUUGACUGUGUCCUGUUAAGUAUUUUUAGCACCAAAUCUGCAUUGUUCUGUGCAAGAUCAAUAGCCACAGGAUGAUGGGCAUAAAUGAAGAUGGGGUGUCUUGCAUCUCAUCUGUGUGUGUGGCAUGUUUCCUGUUGGAUGAACCAAAAACUAAGGGAAAAAAAACACCUGUCAAUUACCAGAAGAAGAAGAAUAAUCCAGUAUCCUGUCUGACUGGAAAUCCCCUUAUGACACGACUCAAUUGACGUGUUGACUGUUUUUAUGAAAAUAAAAGUAAAUAAACAAAAUUCUACCUGU